GCACUACUCCAAAAAGCGGAUGCGUUUCCUAACGAAUAAGAAAUAAGAGACUAUCUUCUGUAUUGCCCGCUCUUCAGUCGCCAUUUUUACACAGGUUACUCGUAACGACACAGAAGGAGCUGCUCCAAGAGCCUCUUGAUGCUGGGUGGCAAGGGUUAAACGCGCCGUCUCUCUGCCAUUGGGCGGUGAGACUACGGAGAGCCAGCCAUCUGCAAGGAAACCAGCUGUCGCCUUCACGCAAGAGACGUUAGACAUCAGUGAACGAAAACAGUGUGGAUUCACCCCAAGACUUGUUGAUCUUUUUCCAUAAACAAAAAGCGGAGCCCUAUGUGUAUGUUUGGAGAAGAAGAACGAGCUGCUGUCUACUGGCUUUAUUUAAAUGGUGACAUUCCUGUGUUUCCCCUUAUUUAAAAGCUUGAUUUCACACCGCUGUCAGCAAUGAGUCUUCACAAAUUAAGAUGUACGGUCGGGCUCCAGCAGACGUUACACUUAACUCUUUAGUUGCAAGCAGCUCAAAUAAAAUGAAACAGCUCGGAGAACCACUGGUUACAACGCCAAAUUCAUAGGGUAGUGUGCACAAAAAAACAAAAUGGAUAAACCAUCCGCAGGAAUGAGUAAAGUUGGCUCUCGCUCGACAGCUUCUCUGCCCCCGGAUCCUGUGGAUAUUAUCCGGAGUAUGUCGUGCUACCGGCGUGUCAAACUGAACGUAGGGGGUCUGCCGCACGAGGUCCUGUGGAGAACCCUGGACCGACUGCCGCGCACGCGACUGGGCAAGUUACGAGACUGCAAAACCCACGAAACACUCAUGGACAUAUGCGACGACUACAACCUAGAGGACAACGAGUACUUUUUUGACCGGCACCCCGGGGCUUUCACGUCUAUACUGAACUUCUACCGCACUGGGAAGUUGCACAUGAUGGAGGAAAUGUGCGCCCUGUCCUUCAGCCAGGAGCUGGACUACUGGGGGGUGGAUGAGAUCUACCUGGAGUCCUGUUGCCAGGCGCGGUACCAUCAAAAGAAAGAACAGAUGAACGAGGAACUCAAACGGGAAGCUGAUACUCUGAAGGACCGGGAGGGCGAAGAAUUCGAUAAUACGUGUUGUUCAGAGAAAAGGAAGAAACUGUGGGACCUACUAGAGAAACCAGGCUCGUCUGUAGCAGCCAAGAUCUUGGCAAUCAUUUCUAUUCUAUUCAUCGUGCUCUCCACUAUCGCUUUGUCUCUUAACACCCUCCCAGAGCUGCAAGCGACAGACGAGUUUGGUCAGACAACUGAUAAUCCCCAGCUGGCCCAUGUGGAGGCGGUGUGCAUCGCUUGGUUCACCAUGGAAUAUCUUCUUCGCUUCCUUUCCUCACCAAACAAAUGGAAAUUUUUUAAAGGUCCCCUCAAUGUCAUCGACUUGCUGGCCAUCCUACCAUAUUAUGUCACCAUAUUCCUAACCGAGUCCAACAAGAGCGUGCUGCAAUUCCAGAAUGUGCGGCGGGUGGUUCAAAUCUUUCGAAUCAUGCGGAUUUUGCGCAUCCUCAAGUUGGCACGUCACUCCACAGGGUUGCAGUCACUGGGCUUCACGCUACGACGGAGUUACAAUGAGCUGGGUCUGCUGAUCCUCUUCUUAGCAAUGGGGAUCAUGAUCUUUUCGAGUCUAGUUUUCUUUGCUGAGAAGGACGAGGAUGACACCAAGUUCAAGAGCAUCCCUGCCUCCUUCUGGUGGGCCACUAUUACCAUGACCACUGUUGGAUAUGGGGACAUUUACCCUAAGACACUUCUGGGUAAGAUCGUUGGUGGACUCUGCUGCAUAGCUGGAGUGUUAGUUAUAGCCCUACCCAUUCCCAUCAUCGUCAACAACUUCUCUGAAUUCUACAAGGAGCAGAAACGGCAAGAGAAGGCCAUAAAGAGACGGGAGGCUUUAGAACGAGCCAAACGCAAUGGCAGCAUAGUGUCCAUGAAUGUUAGAGAGGCAUUUUCCCGUGGAGCAGAGCUUCUGGAUGUGGUGGUCAUGGACAAAGGUGAGAGAACCCAGGACAACCAUCUUUCACCCAGUCGAUGGAAAUGGUCAUCCAAGCGGGCAGCUUCAGAGACCAGCUCUAAUCGUUCCUUCAAUCCAGACCAAGGUUCACCUAGCAAGGCGAGAGCUUCUAGUCCACAGAGGCUUAAUGCACAGAAACUAGAAGAGAUGUAUAACCAUAUGGCAAAGACUCAGUCACAGCCCAACCUGAACUCUAAAGACAGAGGUUCAUCCCGAGCAGGCCAUAGAAGGGAUGAAAUUGAGCUGGGAGCCUUGGCAGGUCAAGGAGGCGACCCAAUGAUUGGGGGUCGUGAAGGGGUGGUAGAUAUGAAAAGUCUGUCAAGCAUUGACAGUUAUAUCAGCUGUGCAACAGACUUCCAAGAGAACCCACGAUUCCCCUACAGUCCGGCAGGAGGUCUAUCCCUCCCAGAGAGCUCUCGGUUCUCCCACAGCCCUGGUUCUGGCCUCUCUGGGCGGGUCAAUGCUAAUCCAAGUCUGCAGACUACAUUGGAGCAUGAGACUAUGCUCAAACCACCAUGUUCUGGUACUAAACCUCUCAACAGUGAGGGUUUGCGGCAACAAGGACUUCUCAGAAACUCUCAGAAACUGCAUUCAGUUAGGGUGAAUCAUCGUAAUUGUGGGGAGGCCAGUCCAUCAGGCGGUCCUCAAUCUGACAGCUCUAUUCUUUCUGACCAUUCCAUCCUAAGCCCCGAGGUGUCUGUCUAUACAACAGCCAGCAGCAGGACUCCACCUAAGACACCAGAGAGAAAAGCAUUCACCCCUGCAGUCUUCACUUUUCAUGAUGCGUCCAUCAGCAAGUACAUUGAUGCCGACACAGAUGACGAGGAGCACUUGCGCGAAGGUGGCCCAUCGGAGCGCCUGCUGGGUGGCCUGAGCUCCAAGCCUCGGCUCAGUGGUUACCAGGGCACCGUCAACCACUUGGAAGCUGCCCAAAGGCUGCUCGGUCAGAACUGCCUAUUCCCACUGGGAAGUAGCCCAAGUGUUGGCCAUGAGAACCAUUUGGCUUCAGAGAACUCACGAAAGCCUAAAGGGGACAGGGGACAUUCCAACGCAUUUGAUAAGGGCCUCUGAGGCCUCAGGGUCAUAAGUUGGACUCCAAAGGGAGUCCAAGAAGGGAAAGAAGGCCAAGUUCAGUCAAGGACUUUGGGGAAAGCAGAGACUAAUGUACAAUGGAGAAUCAUUUUAAGGGCAUCUGACCAGGGGGCCUACCUUGGUGACUUUAUGCUGGAGAGUUCACUGGAAAACAGUGGUCAUCAUGUUACAUCAUUAAGGAACAUGAUCUUGAGGAUGUACCACUGCCUACACCUCUUGCUCUUUUUCCUCUUCUGUAAACAAGCCUGCAUUGGUGCAUCGAAUGGGUAAGAUAAAGCUAGAGCCGGUCUGGUCUACAGUUGUUUGUGAAAAGAACAGAAUGUAUUCUAAAGCUUAAUUAGUUUGAGACUGAACACUUACCAGACAUUUAAAUGCAGAUGUGCAUGGUAAAUCAAGGGGGACAGUCCGUCACUGCCCACGUCAGCAAGUCACUGUCCAGAGCCCACCUUAAUGAUUAGCAUUAGAAACAUGUUAUACUCUGUUUACUAGUGCACCCUUCCCCUGUCCCCUAAUAAACUGGCCUUACUUAACUGCAGUUAUGGGUCUGCAUACAGUAUGAGUGCUUGUUUGCAAGUGUAUUUGAAAUAGGGAGGGCUGAUGGUAUGAUAAUGUGCACGUAUAAAGUAAUUAACAUUCCUGCACACAAGCUCACUCUCCACAUGGUGUUUGAUUCUACUUGAUUAAUUUAUUUUUAUAUAGACGUGGACAUUAUCUGUAGAAGUCUGUCUGACAUAUUUCUUGUCACAUAUUCACCAGUAUAAGAAUAAACCGCUAAUUGUUUCAUCAGAAGAGACCAAAAUCUGUUUAAAUUUACCUCCCCUCAUUUACUUGUGUGUCAUCUUUAGGAUUUUUUUCUUCUUCUGAUUUGGCAGAUUUUAAAAGGAUAGCUCACCAAAAUAAUUGAAGAAGAAAAAAAUAAAGAAAGUUCUGUCAUUGUUUACUUUGUCUCAUGGCAUUCCUUUGUUCUAUAUUUCCUCUUUAUAUCACAAAUAAGGAUUACAUUACAGAUUACACAGCCAAUGGGGUCCGAUGUUAUUUAGACCCAUAUAUUCUUCAAAAAUAUUAUCUUUAGUGAUCUGCAGAAUAAAGAAAUGCAUACACGUUUAAGUGGGUGAGUAAAUGAUGACAGACUUUUCUAUUUUGGGUACACUAUCCCCUUUAAAAUACAAAGGUGUUUUUAUUUAAGAAAAUAACUGAAGAUACGCGUCUUGCUGCGCUUACAUGUGUAAUAUUGUCUUUCAAAAAGCCCAUGUUUAUGACUGCUUUUUGUAAAUUAUCUAAAAAAAACUAAACAAACAACAACAAAAAAACAAUUACGUAGCACAUGCAUAUUGGCAGCCCAAACAGAAGCAACAAUGAGAACAAAUGGACAACGCAUACCUCGUCCUGUUGUUACCAGAUAUAGGUAAAUGAUGGAAGGCUAGAAUUAAAUCUGAACAAGAUAGAAACUACUGAAAAACUUCAGGUCAAUUCAACAUUUCAUUUAGAAUUACCAGUUUCAUAGCAGUAGAUGCUGUCUCAAGCCAAAAUAUUUCUGAAUCGAAGAAAAAUUGUAUAUUUCUAAAGUAUUUUCUAGAUGAUCAUAGGAAGUGAGGGAGAUGGUCUCAUACUUUUGCAUUGCCGGGGAGAAUGUUUAUUUUAAAAUAUAUGAUUUAAUAAAAGGUUUUAUGGGGCCUUUUGUGUCCUCAAUUGUUAUUCAGGCUCAACAUACACAGUGUGACCAAGAUGACCACCAGUUAAUCCCAAACAUUUAUCCUUUUUGAUAGCUAGCCCUGCAAUACGGUACAUAAUGCAUGGCCAUGUUUACCUCCAAAUUUAAUACAAUCCUUUCAUACUGCACAAACUUAAUAUCCUUAAAAGAUUAGAUCCUUAUCUCCAACAUUGCCAUCCACACCAUUCUGUAACCACAUGCAUACACAUAGUCCAGCAUGUAUUCACAGGUAUGUAGACAAUGUCCUGAAGAUGACUAUAUCUAGUUUCCAUGGUGACCACAAGCCCUCCCUGCUAUAAUGCUCAUGUCCAAUUUGAAAACCAGGAUAGUGAGGGCUAAACAAGAUCAAAAUCAUAUACUCAGUUGCAUCUGUGUCAACAAAUAGCAUCACUAGAAGUCACAUUGUCAGAAUUAACUUGUCUUUAAGAGUAUGUUUGUGUGUGCAUGUGUUAUCAGGGGAGUGCGAAGAUAAUGGGGGGAAUCUCGGCCUCUCCCGAGACUUGUGAGUGUGUGUGUACGCUUCCAUCCUUGUCUCAACGAUUUUAGCUGAGUUGAACUGAGGUGUGAACGGAAUACCAAUUUUCUGCAAGAGAGCGGGAGGAGGGUGUGAUUGGGAGGGAGAUUAAAAAAAAAUCUGCAAAUGAGAGGGAUCUUCCCUCUCUCCUCAAUAAAGAAUAAUUUAUGAAUGCAGCGAUGUGUACUGCUUACUGUACUGGUGGGAAAGGAAGCUGCUUUCUGAGUGCUAAGGUCCCUUGCUCCACUUUUGGUCUUUUAUGUGGAUAUUAUAUAAUAUCAUGAUCUGUUGGGUGUAUGCUCCACAUUUAAUGCCCUAUUCAUUCAGUACAUUCAUUUGGAGAGAACAUAGCACUAAAAUGUGACAUUACUGAAGCCAUUCAUAACUCUCUUCCUGUCUCUGUGUUAGGCUGUGCCCUGAAGUCAAUGUCAACUCUGGGUUUUUUGUAAUGAUCCAUGGGUGAAUCUCACAAAGAAGUGUCUGACAAAUAUCCCCCACAAAAAAAAAGUUUGG